ACCACAGAACUCUGCACACGACACCACUAUGAAGCAGAGGUUUUCCAGCUUGGACGUCAAGGUCAUCGCCCACGAGCUAUCCAAAUCGCUUACCUCUUUGAGAGUUACCAAUGUCUAUGAUCUCUCCUCGAGAAUCUUCCUAAUCAAGUUCCACAAACCCGACCACCGCGAGCAACUACUCGUCGACUCUGGCUUCCGUUGCCACCUCACCGAAUAUGCGCGCACCACGGCAGCAGCACCCUCGGCCUUUGUUGCCAAGCUGCGAAAAUACCUAAAAACGAGGAGAGUGACGUCAAUCUCUCAGAUCGGUACCGAUCGCAUUCUCGAGUUCCAGUUCUCCGACGGCCUGUACAAACUAUACCUCGAGUUCUACGCUGGCGGGAACAUUGUCCUCACAGAUGGCGAUUUGAACAUCCUAGCCUUGCUGCGCAACGUGGAAGAAGGCGAGGAACAUGAGAAGCUUAGAGUUGGAUUGCAAUACAACCUGUCGUUGCGGCAAAACUAUGGCGGCAUACCGGAGCUCACAAAGGACAGAAUUCGCUCAAGUCUGCAAAAGGCAGUCGACAGACAAGAAGCGCAGCCUGCAGCAGCAGGGAAGAAGGCAAAGAAGUCGACCAAGGACAUGUUGAGAAAAGCGCUAGCUGUAUCCAUAACUGAAUGCCCUCCCCUGCUUGUGGAUCACGCUCUGCACAUCAACAGCUUCGAUUCUACCUUGAAGCCAGACCAGGUUCUCGCUGAUGAGGAGCUACUAGAGAAGCUUCUUCUGGUAUUGCAGGACGCCAGAAAGAUAACCGAGGACAUCACAAACCAAGACCAAGUCAAAGGAUAUAUAUUGGCAAAGUCAGGCCCACCUGCACCGAAAACGGAUGAGGACGACUCCUCCGACAAACCCAAGCUCAUGUAUGAUGAUUUUCACCCCUUUCGACCACAGCAGUUUGAGAACUCGGAUUACACAUUCUUGGAAUUUGAUGGAUUCAACAAGGCUGUUGACGAAUUCUUCUCGUCAAUCGAGGGCCAGAAACUCGAGUCAAAACUGCAGGAACGUGAGCAGCAGGCGAAAAAGAAGCUCGAAAAGGCCCGAAAGGAGCAUGCAGAACGGAUUGGUGGCCUGCAACAGGUGCAAGAAACGAAUUUCCAGAAAGCAGAAGCCAUCCUUGCCAACGUGCACCGAGUUACCGAGGCGACUGAAGCUGUCAAUGGGUUGGUUAGACAAGGCAUGGAUUGGGUGGACAUUGCACGUUUGAUCGAGCGAGAGCAAACCCAAGGAAACCAGGUUGCACAGCUCAUCAAGCUGCCGCUCAAGCUCCACGAGAACACCAUCACGCUGCUGCUUGAUGGAACGAGUUGGGAUCAAGAGCAAGAUGAUGAUGAGGAAGGAUACGAGACCAGCUCGGUCAGUGAGGAUACAGAUGACGAGGGUGACGACACAAAGAAAAAGGCCUCGCCUGUCAAGGUAGCCGCACAGCCAAAGUUGGCGAUUGACAUUGACCUCGGUCUGUCUGCCUGGGCAAAUUCUACCGAGUAUUUCGAUCAGAAGAAGACUGCCGCUGGGAAAGAAGACCGUACAGUUCAGGCAUCUACUAUGGCAUUGAAAAGCCACGAGAAGAAGGUCGCGGAGGAUCUGAAGAAAGGGCUGAAGAAAGAGAAGGAAGUGCUGCGCCCCGUGCGGAAGACGCAGUGGUUUGAGAAGUUUCUCUACUUCAUCUCAUCGGACGGGUAUCUGGUUCUCGGCGGCAAAGACGCGCUACAAAGCGACAUCAUCUACAAAAAAUACUUCCGGAAGGGGGAUGUCUUUGUGCAUGCUGAUCUGAAGGGCGCAUUCCCUAUGAUCAUCAAGAAUAACCCAAAUUCUCCAGACGCCCCAAUACCGCCAUCAACAUUGUCGCAAGCCGGAAACUUUUCUGUCUGCACGUCCGAGGCGUGGGACUCGAAGGCGAGCAUGUCCGCGUGGUGGGUUUUGAGCGAACAAGUCAGCAAGAUUGGCCAGACUCGCGAGUUCCUCGGGCCUGGCAUGUUCGACAUCAAGGGCAAGAAGGAAUAUCUGCCGCCGGCUCAACUCGUUGUCGGUCUUGCCGUCAUGUUUGAGAUCAGCGAAGAGAGCAAGGCUCGUCACCUGAAACAUCGUGUUACGGGAACAGUUGAGCCCACUACUACAGAACCUGCCCCGGAAGCGGCCGACGAGGCAAAGGGUUCAGAUGAUGGCAAAGACGCCGAUAGCGAUGAGGAGGAAGAUUUCCCAGAUGCGAAGCUGGCGUCCGAGUCAGAAGAUGACUUCCCUGAUGCGAAAAUCGAUCACUCAGAUGAGAGUGACCGCGAAUCCGAAGCCGAGGAACCUUCCAAUCCUCUUCAGUCAAAGACCGCAGACGCCCGGGCCGACUCCGACGAUGAGGAUGAUACUCCAUUUACAAAAGACAACUCUCAGCCUGCUGUGUCUGGAGGCAAAGACGAUUUGUCUGGUAACGACGAGUCAGAAGACGAUGCUGGUUCCGUCGCCGAUUCCGAGCAGACCCACGGAACCACAACACGCCGUCAUCUAUCAGCGAAAGAACGACGACUGCUUAAGAAGGGACAGCUCCCAGGAUCCACUCAACCCCCAUCCGCGUCGACACCCACUGGUGACGAUGAAGCAGCGCCCACCGAAGACAACACCACCACCCCCCCAAAAGCACCAGGCACCGUAACAUCCAAAGCGACCAAAGCCAGCCAAGCGCCCCUCCCACGAGGCAAACGCGGCAAAGCAAAGAAACUCGCCUCCAAAUACGCCGAGCAAGACGAAGAAGACCGCGCCCUCGCCAUGCGCAUCCUAGGCUCCAAAUCCGGCCAACAAGCCGCCGAAACCGCCGCGCUCGAAAAACGCCAAAAAGAAGACGACGCACAAGCAAACAAGCAGCGCCGCCGCGAGCAACACCUCCGCGCCCAGGCAACGGGCAAAGCAGCAGAAGAAGCCCGACUCGCCGCCCACGCCGCCCCACCAGCAGCAGAAGACGACCACGACGAAGGCGACGAAGCACUAAAAGCCCACCUCCUCAACCUCGACGCCUUCACCGGCCGGCCCCUCCCAGGCGACGACCUCCUCUCCGCUAUCCCCAUCUGCGCGCCCUGGUCCGCCCUCGCGGCGUAUAAAUAUAAAGCUAAGAUCCAGCCCGGCUCCACGAAGCGCGGGAAGGCCGUCAAGGAGGUCCUCGGCAUCUGGGACUCGGCGGGUAAGGAUGCAAAGGCUACGGAUCGGCUGGCGCAGGAUGUCGAGCGUAUUUGGCCAAGAGAGAUGGAACUCAUUCGUAAUUGGAAGGAAUUGGAGGUUGUGGGUAUUGUGCCCGUGGCGAAGGUUAGGGUUAUGAUUUCGGGGGGGAGGAAGGGCGGGGGUGGGGGCGCGGCGAAGAAUGGGGGGAAGGCGAAGAGGGGGGGGAGGGGGAGUAAGAAGAAGUGA